UCCAUGUGGUUACACCUAUUAGAUAUCUUAGUCCAUCAUUUUCCAAAUUUCUAAUAUUAUUUUUUUAUUGACUUUGCCCUAAAAAAGCCAUACACCUCUGUCCUCUAGUAUAAGAAUAAAUCAACAAGAAGAUCAAAUGGUGAAUGAACUACCUGAAAACACACUACCAAAUCUUAAGCUAAUACUCUUUGCUGAUGGUUGAACUCCAUCAUCUAAUGGCUUCUUCAUCAAAACCUGAAAGGAUUUACCAUGUGUUCUUAAGUUUCAGAGGUGAGGACAUUCGGAACAACUUUCUUGGUCAUCUCUACGAAGUUCUUAACCAAAAAGGAAUCUACACUUAUGUUGAUAGCGAGGAGCUCAGGAAAGGAGUGCAAAUAGUGCCAGCACUUAUGAAGGCAAUCGAUGAAUCACAGAUCGCAUUAAUUGUUUUCUCUAAGGAUUUCCCUUCCUCAUGGUGGUGUUUGGAAGAGGUGGCGAGAAUCAUGGACUGCAAGAAAGAAAGAGCUCUCUUGGUCUUUCCCUUGUUUUACAAAGUGGAACCUAGAGAAGUGAAAACACCAAGAGAGAGGUAUAGAGAAGCUAUGAUUAAGCAUGAGUCCAAGUUCGGGAAGGAUUCAAAGGAAGUGAAGAGAUGGGAGAAAGCUCUUUCCGAUGCUGCUAACUUGUCCGGGUGGCAUUUGAAAGAUGGAGAUGAGUCAGAGCUUAUAAAAAGAAUUGUGACGGAAAUCUCCACUCACCUAGACCGAACACUUCUGCAUGUUGCUACACAUCCAGUUGGGAUAGAUUCCCGAGUGGUUAAGUUAAAAUCGAUGUUAAACCUUGAGUCUGAUGAUGAUGUUCUCAUGGUAGGAUUGUGGGGACAGGGAGGCAUAGGAAAGACGACUUUAGCCAAAGCUGUUUAUAAUGAUAUUUUCAAUCAAUUUGGGAAUUCAUGUUUUUUGGCGAAUGUUCGAGAAGUUUCAAAAGAUUGCAAGGAUUUAGUAACUUUGCAAGAAAAUUUACUAUUUGAGAUAUUAGCACUGAAAGAAAGAUUAGUAGUGUCCAAUGUUGACAGAGGUAUUAAUCUAAUACAAGAAAGACUUUGUCACAAAAAAGUUCUCCUCAUCCUUGAUGACGUGGAUGACUUGCGCCAAUUACAUGCUUUAGUAGGAGAAGGUAAGUGGCUUCGUAACGGGAGCAGGAUCAUUGUUACUACAAGAGAUAGCCAUUUGCUAACUUAUCUCGGGAUAGAUCAAUAUCAUGUGUACGAGGUUAGAGAACUGGAUGACAGUGAAGCUCGUGAGCUGUUUAGUAAGCAUGCUUUUUCCACACACCGAAAAUUAGAAAUCAGGACAGAUCUAGUGGAUGGUUUUCUAAAUUAUACUAAAGGCCUUCCUUUAGCACUUGAGGUGCUAGGUUCCUUCUUAUGCGGUAGAAGAGAAUAUGAAUGGGAAAGUGCACUGGAUGAAAUUUCUACGGCUCCUAAAAAAGGCAUCAAUGAUGUGCUCAAAAUAAGUUAUGAUGGACUAGAGCCAAAAGCGAAAGAGAUCUUUCUCCACAUUGCCUGCUUCUUUAAGGGCUGGGAUAGUGAGUAUGUAAAGAAAGUUCUCGACAGUUGCGAUCUUAAGGCAGUAAUAGGAUUACAAAUUCUCAUGGAGAGGUCCUUGAUAAGAAUUGAGUCCAAGAACAUACAAAUGCAUGACUUGAUUCAAUUUAUGGGUAUGGAUAUUGUGAACCAAGAAAGCGAUGAUCCCGGGAAACGCAGCAGACUAUGGUUGUAUGAUGAUGUUGUCGAUGUUCUGUCAAGUGACACAGAAGAUUGUGUUGUAAAAGCCAUAGUGGUGGAGCCACCUGAGCCGACAGAAAUAUGUAUCAGUCCUGAUGCUUUUACAAAACUGAGAAGUUUGAGAAUGCUCAUUUUGCAAAAUGUGCAUAAUUCUUUCCAAGGUCCUAUAUGGCUUCCUAAUGAGCUAAGAUGGUUUCGAUGGGAUAGAUGUGCUCCUCGGAUUCUAGAAUUUUCUUCUGGUAGAAAGAAAUUAGUGGGACUUGAUAUGAGCAAUUGCAGUAUCACAGUAGUGCCAAAUCAAUUUAAGGACUUCCAACAAUUGAAGUACAUUAAUUUCAGUAACUGUGAAUCGUUGGUUCAUAUGACCGAUCUUUCUUAUACUCCAAAUCUUGAGGAAUUGGUUCUCUGUGAUUGCACAAACUUGAUAGAAGCCCCUGAGUCUAUUGCUUAUCACGACAAGUUACAAUUGUUGAAUUUAAGCGGGUGCAGAAAGGUUGACAGUUUCCCUGCUAUUCCACGUAAACUCAAAGGCUUGAAAAGUCUUUGUUUACAAGGGACCACUAUUAAAGAACUUCCUACCUCAAUAGAAAAUCUUGUCUCUUUGAAAAUAAUGAUUUUAAGUAAUUGCAAGAACUUGGCAAGUCUUCCUUCUAGUAUUUACAAGUUACAAAACAUUGAAAUCUUGGAACUUGCGGCUUGCACAAAUUUAACAAGAUUUCCAGAGUGUGAGGAUUCAGUUGAUCCGUGCAUGAAGACCGGACUUUCAAAUUUAAUCUUUUUAAAUCUUGGGGCAUGUAAUUUGUCCGGAAUAGAAUUUCUCGAGAAUCCUUCCUGUUUUCCCAUCUUGCAACAUUUAAUUCUGUCAGAGAGCAAUGUUACUAGACUUCCCACAUCUAUUCAUAAGCGUAAUCAUUUAUCCGUAUUUGUAAUUUCAUAUGCCCGUCAAUUACAAGAGAUACCCGAGCUUCCACCAUUUUUGAAGCAUAUUUCGGCUAAUAAUGGAGAUUCGUUUUCACCUUCUGUUCUUGUCCGUAGAGUGUUGACCGUGGCUGACAUUCCCUCGCUGGACCAGAUGCCUCCUGAUAACACAAUUUGUCUCCCUGGAGGAGAGAUGCCAAAGUGGGUCCUCCCUAUUGAAGAGAGUUCCGUAUCAUUCAUGGCUUCAAAGGACUUGUAUGACAAGCUUCUUGGAUUGACUCUUUGUGUCGUUUUCAAUAAUGAUAGACAGACACAAAAUCAAAUAUUUCAGAUUUUACCACAUGUGAAUGGCGAAAUGAGGGAUUGCAAAGGAGGAAUCUACUUAAUGGCAUUGAAUUUGGAUCAAAUCUUGCUUUGGUAUUUCACACCAUAUGAUCUGUGGGGAGAAGUCGAUUUUGGUCAAAUUGAUGGGAGUUAUGUACACUUUAGCCUUACAGUAUUGGCUACAAAGGCAAAAAAGUGGGGAUGCCGAAUAAUAUGCAAGUCACUUGAUGACAAUUUAAAGGUUGGGAUUCAAAACAAUCGGCUAAUCAAUCCAGCUUUACUCCACGAGGUUGUUCUUGAAUCAACAGAUCUAAAAGUUGAGGGUCCACUUAUGCACAAUGAUAGUUUGAUCGAAACAGAGCUACGGAAAAACUUGCAGGAUUGCCAAAGGAGUAGUGAGGAACAUAGUCAAAUAGUAUCAAAGGGAAAUCCUAAGCUUAUUCUCCCUCAUGGCAUGCGAACCAAGACUAUGCCGACUUCCAAUUCGACCAGCAGAGAUGAGGAUGGUAGUGUCGGCUUGCAGCUUUUGUUGUUAGAAUGAUCGAAACUUGCUAAGGAAGCAAUUCGUAGCUACAACAAUGGAAAUAAUCAGCCCCAUAGAGACCUCCACAAGGAGAGAGAAGGUCGCCCUACUUCUCGACUUAAUAUCGAGAAAAUUAGUUCGACCAAGAAAGCAUGCAAAGUGAGCUUUGACGCAUGGAAGAUCGCCACCUGCCAACGGAGGCGACCAACAGAAGAAGUUCGUCGACGACGGUUGACGGAGACCGGCCGGCGUAGGUGACGGACCACCACCGCCGAGAAGCCAUGGAAACUGUUGACGUAGCUUCGGGUGAACGAUUUUCUUCUGAGGUUCUGGGCUUUGUGCAGCUUGCUGUUGAUCAGGCAAAGCUUGCUUUGGACAGCCUUAAAGUUCCAGUUGGCUGUGUGAUUGUUGAGGAAGGGAACCUUAUUGCGAUAGGAAGAAACAGGACUAAUGAGACACGGAAUGCAACAAGACAUGCAAAGAUGGAAGCUCUUGAUGUCCUUCAGGAACAGUGGCAGAUGACUGGAUUUUCAGCUACAGAAGUUGCAGAGAAAUUUUCAGCAUACUCCCUUUAUGUGACAUGUGAACCAUGCAUAUAUGUGCAGUAGCAUUAUCGAUCAUUGGUAUAAAGGAAGUAUAUUAUGGCUGUGCAAAUGACAAAUUUGGUGGCUGUGGCUCAAUACCUGUCAUUGCAUUCAAGUAGCUCUGAGGCAUGCAUUACUCUAAAUGGGAAAAAGUGGUGUCUCCGGAAGCAUAUAUGUGAUUGGUUUUCUGAAUACGACAUCAAGCAAGAGGGCUCGUCUUGCACAUAAAAGACCGCCGUGCUCAAUUUCCUCCCUCUGGAGCUAAAAAACUAGCCCUAGUUAUUGCAUAGUUUCACAAUAGAGAGAAUGAGACUGUUGUUGUAACGGGGAGCUUGGUUCCUAUGCAUUGUUUGGAAAAUUGAUGGAAGUUAUGUACAAUUUAGGCUUACAAUAUCGGGUAGAAUCGUGAAAAAAUGGGAAUUCCGAAUAAUAUGUAAGCAACUAGAGGAUGACUUAAAGGUUGGGAUUCAAGAUAAUCGGCUUAUAGAUCCAGCAUUACUCUACGAGGUUGGUCAUGACUCAACAAAUUCAGAAGCCGAGAGUUCACAUAUGCACAAAGUCAGUCCGAUCGAAAUAGAUCUACAGAAAGACUUGCAAGAUUGUCAAACGAGUACUGAGGAACAUAGUCAAGCAGUAUCAGAGAGAAAUCAUGAGCUCUUCUCCCACGAGGCAUGAGAACCAAGACCACGCGGACUUCUAAUUCAAUUGGCAGAGAUGAGUAUUGCAGCGUUGGCUCGUUGCUUUUGUAGUUAGAAUGAUGGAAACCUGCUGAGGAAACAAUUCGUAGAGAGCUCGACAAGAAGAGAGAAGCUCCACCUACUUAUCGACUUAAGAUCGAGAAAACGAGUUCGACCAAGAAAGCAUGCAGAGGCUGUGGCUGGAGAGUUACCUGAAGAGGUUUGGGCGAAUAAUUUCUUGCGAAGAAAACUCAAACAAGAACCAGAUCGCGUGCUCAUACAUGUGGCAAGCAUGCAAACAUGGAAAGUGGUCAUGAUGGAUGAAGAUUUGAAAAGGAAGGAGGAACUCCACCGAACGCCGCUUUCGACAUCACGACUCCUCCCUCAUCUUUCCAUCCGACACCGCCGAGCUCUGACAAAAUGGAAGAUCGCCGCCACCUGCCGACGGUGGUGACGAGCAGAAGAAGAAGAAGAAGAAGAAGAAGUUCGUCUUCCGGAAACAGAGUCCCCGGCGGACCGACGGCGACGGAGACCGGCCAGCGGAGGCGACGGGCUACCACCGCCGACCGAAGCCAUGGAAACUGGUGACGUAGCUUCGGGUGAACGAUUCUCUCCCUGAGGUUCGUUCUGGGCUUCAUGAUGCAGCUUGCUAUAUAGAUCAGGCAAAGCUUGCUCUGGACUGCCUUGAAGUUCCAGUUGGGUAACAAGGUGCAUUUCUAUAUGAUAAUUUAUUUUCUAAUUCAGAUGAUUAGUAAUUCAAUUUUAAUUAGUGAAGGAUCACAGAUUGUACUUUGUUAAUAUUGUACUUUGACUGACUAGCUGUGUGAUUGUUAAGGAUGGGAACAUUAUUGCGGCAGGAAGAAACCAGACUAAUGAGACACAAAAUGCAAGAAGACAUGCAGAGAUGGAAGCUCUUGAUGUUCUACUUGAACAGUGGAAGAGGACUGGAUUUUCAGCUGCAGAAGUUUUCAGUAUGCUCACUGAGGUAUAUAUGGCUGUGCAAACGAUAAAUUUGGAGGCUGUGGCUCAAUACUGUCGUUGCAUUCCUGAGGCAUGCAUUAGAAAAUGGUGAUCUGAUAAGUGAAAACAAGAAGGAUAGUGAUGGCGGUUUCCACAUUAACUCCCCAAUAUCUGAGGACCACUUUCCCUCAUUGAAUGAGGGCAAUGAGGACUUAAAUUGUGGAGAAUCGCCGUCUCCUCCGUUCACAUCUAUGAAUGAGCCUCUAGGGUGAAAUGCAGUUGUUCAAACUGUUGAGGAAGUGGAAGCUGGAGAUGUUUUACAGAUCGAUCAGAGGGAUGUUGCGGAAGCUGUUGGCGAUGAGACUGAUGGCCAAGGAACCGAGUUAAAGUCUAGAAGUUUUUUUAUUGUAAAGGUUGUCAAAGAAGAGGAAACCGAGGAAGGGUUGGAGAACGCGAGUAUCUACAUCGAGAGGCUCAAGUCUGCGAAGGAAUCGUGCAAUGGAGAGAGUGAGAGGUUGCCCAUGGCGAAUUCGGCAGAGCAGCCACGAUGACUCUGAGGGUGACGCAAAGGACUUAGUGGAUGAAUUGCUGUGGAUUGCUUGAUGUCAUAACUGGAUCCAGGACAUAAUUUCCAGGCAAACUUCGAACUCCGUCGAUGCCACUUUCAAUAUCACGACUGCUCAUCUUUCAUCCGACACCAGCGAGCUUUGACGAAUGGAAGAUCGCCACCUGCCAAUGGAGGCGAUGAACAGAAGAAGUUCUUCUUCCUGAAACAGCCUCGCGAACUGAAGGCGACGGAGACCAGCGAGUGCAGGUGACGGACUACCACCACCGACCGAAGGCAUGGAAACUGAUAACGCAGCCUCGGGUGAACGAUUCUCUCCUGAGGUUCUGGGUUUCAUGCAGCUUGCUAUAGAUCAGUAACAAUACCUAUUUGCUUUUCUUAUAUAAGGCAAAGCUUGCGUUGGACAGCCUUGAAGUUCCAGUUGGCUGUGUGAUAGUUGAGGAUGGGAAUGUUAUUGCAGCAGGAAGAAACCGGACUAACGAGACACGGAAUGUAUGCAACAAGACAUGCAGAGAUGGAAGCUCUUGAUGUUCUUCUUGUACGGUGGCAGAGGACUGGAUUUUCAGCUGCAGAAGUUUUAGAGAAGUUUUCAGCAUGCUCCCUUUAUGUGACAUGUGAACCAUGCAUAAUGUGUGCAGCAGCAUUAUCUAUCAU